AUGGGUUUCGGUAAUCUUGAAGCACGCGAUGGUCUUUGUUUGCUCAAUACAUUUCUUGAUGAUAAAUCAUAUAUUGAAGGAUAUCAUCCAUCACAAGGUGAUGUUGUUGUAUUUGAAUGCGUUAAAAAGCCUCCAAGUGCUGAUCUUGAACAUGCUUUACGUUGGUAUAAACAUAUUGCUUCAUUUAGUGAUGCCGAAAGACAAAAAUUUAAAGGUGAACGUAAACCAAUUGAACAUUAUGGACGUCAACAUGGUCAAGAUAGUCAAAUAAAACAUGAAUUUAAAACACUUUCUGUUGAUCCAACUACAGUACAAGCACCAAAAAAAACUACUGAUGACGAUGAUGAUGUUGAUCUAUUUGGUGAUGAAGAUGAAGAAGAAAGCGAACAAACUAAACAACGUUUAGCUGCUUAUGCAGAAAAGAAAGCUAAAAAACCUGGUGUUGUUGCUAAAAGUGCAAUUGUUCUUGAUGUUAAACCAUGGGAUGAUGAAACAAAUAUGGAAGAACUUGAACGUAAUGUACGUUCAAUUGAAGUGGAUGGAUUACUUUGGGGCGCUGGUCGUCUUAUACCACUUGCAUAUACAAUUAAAAAAUUACAAAUUUCUUGUGUUGUUGAAGAUGAUAAAGUUGGUACGGAUAUUCUUGAAGAACGUAUUAUGGAAUUUCAAGAUCAUGUUCAAUCUGUUGACAUAGCAUCAUUUCAAAAGAUCUAA